UCGUGCCCACCCCAGGGUAGCUACUGCAGCCUACGCUGCCUCCUCCACUGCCCUCGGUCCUCGGAGCCAGAGCCCGGGCCGGAGCCUGAGCGGCAACCGGCCCGAGGAGGGGCUCCAGAGCCUAGGCCGUGGGCAGGCGAUGCUGCAGCUGCCUGAUCAACUAUGGAGGCCGAGGCAGGCGGCCUGGAGGAGCUGACGGAUGAGGAGAUGGCGGCGCUGGGUAAGGAGGAGUUGGUGCGGCGCCUGCGGCGGGAGGAGGCGGCGCGCCUGGCAGCGCUGGUGCAGCGCGGCCGUCUGAUGCAGGAGGUGAAUCGGCAGCUGCAGGGUCACCUGGGCGAGAUCCGUGAGCUCAAACAGCUCAACCGGCGCCUGCAGGCGGAGAACCGGGAACUGCGCGACCUCUGCUGCUUCCUGGACUCGGAGCGCCAACGAGGACGGCGUGCGGCGCGCCAGUGGCAGCUCUUUGGGACCCAAGCAUCCCGGGCGGUGCGCGAGGACCUGGGUGGCUGUUGGCAGAAGCUAGCAGAGCUGGAAGGCCGCCAGGAGGAGCUGCUGCGGGAAAAUCUGGCCCUUAAGGAGCUUUGCCUAGCACUGGGCGAAGAGUGGGGCCCCCGCGGUGGCCCCGGCGGCGCAGUGGGCUCAGGUGCUGGACCCACACCCGAGCUCGCCCUGCCACCGUGUGGGCCCCGCGACCUAGGCGAUGGAAGUUCCAGCACUGGCAGUGUGGGCAGCCCGGAUCAGUUGCCCCUAGCCUGCUCCCCCGAUGACUGAGGGCGCCGCAUUUUCCACGCCAAUGCCUGCCUGGAUUGCUCUCUGAGAGCGGGGAAUGCUGUGGACCUCCAGACCUGGGUGCAGUUUCGGCUGAGCAUCAGGGCGCUGGCAUGGACUGAAAAAGCCCUGGCACUGAGGAGGGCCCCUUGCUCUUGCUGGCUGGGCAGCAGGGGGAUGGAGGCUGAAGUGGAGGGACUUGCUGUGUGGUUGGGUGGGGACUAAUAAACUGCGAAGGAAGCAGAGCCCGAA